AUCUUUGACAGCUCAUUGAUUUCAUAGUUUUGUAAAAUUGCCUAAGAAUUUUGAUCGACGUAUUCCAUUUUUUGUUUUAUUUUUUUUUUUGGUAACUUGUUAAAUAUAAAUGAUUUCUUGGUACAGUUAAUACCUUGAGACCGUUAAGACAUAAUAAUAUAAAUAGGUUAGAAAUUGAAUGUUUAAAGAAAAAGAACGAAUAAAACAGUUCCGUCUGUAAAUUUAAUAUUAAAGAUUAAGUUAAUAUUUGAAUUCAGGAAAAAAUAUGCUUUCACUGGAACGUAUCCCAGAUCAAAUUGGGCAUCUAAUUUUGACAGAGGAUGGAGCUGUAUUAACGUCUGGAGGUGAACUGGAAAAUGAUGAGAGAUUUGCAAACAUUGUUAUAGGAUUAGUCACGCUAACCAAUAAAGUUGAUCCCAAAGCAUUUCCUAAUAACGAGACUUUUGAUAAAAUAUCAAUAACAUAUCCAGAUCAUUGUUAUAUUAUUUGUCUCUCAAACAAAAAGAUCCACGUAGUGAAAAAAAAAUUGACAUCCUCAACAACUGCAGCUGUAGAACAACCUCUUAUUGAUGUAUAAAUGAGUGUCAUCUAUUCAUGGAAAAAUAAAACUGGAAUGAAACUGAGAUAUGCAAAUUUUUUCAAUAUUACUAAUAUUAAUAAAAAUAUGAUGAUAAUAAAUUUGUGUUUGUAUUA